AUGGAUGAUUUAUCUAGUGAUGAUAUUUUGCAAAUUUAUGCAACUGAUCAGGAUUUGUCAUUUUCCGACAACACGAAGAGCAAAACCGUAUCCUCAGACAAUGUUGUGCUUAAAAUUUUCACGAAAGGAGCAAAUCCAUUACCAUCAGCCACCGAACUUGCCGAUUUUCUGAUCACUGAAAAGCAACUGGAUGUUUGCGGCCUUAGUUUCAAACCUAAAUCCGUUCUAUUCGAAAUUUCCAAUAAUAGUCAGCUAAAUGUAUGGCUAGUGAAAUUGUUUGAAGAACGUCAUUAUAAUAUGAAAUUAAGUCCCGAAAGCCAAUUGGAUAUUUUCAGAAUUCUUAAAGGCAAAACUAAUCUAAUCAUUAAAAAUCUAUUAGUCUUUCUAGUAGUUCUACCAGGAUCUUCGAUGAUAAAUUUUCCAUGUCAAGACAAUUUCCAUCCGUUUGGAUUGUGUAAUAAAAACAUUACCAAUGUUUGUGCUUCUUCUCUACGAGACGAUCCAUCUAAGACAAUUUUUAAAUUUCUCAAACAUAGAGAUGAUGUAAAUCGAUUGGACAUAAAGCUGGUCUAUGGUGUAAGAUUGGAAGUUAGUGAUGACGAUACACAUAACUUACGAUUUCUUCUAAAGCGCUCCGACAUCACAAAUCGUCUCCUUUGUACAUUAAAGGAUCUGUACGGACCUGUUUCAUUUUUAGGCAGCACUUUUCAUAUCAUUCCGACCAUGCUUAAAUCCAGAAUUGACUAUCAUAUUGAUUCUGGUCGUGAAUAUUCCAAUUUUUGGGAUUAUAUAGCAACAAAUGAUAUUCUACAGUCUGAAGUUAAUGAAAUGUCCAUUAUCGAAAAAUCUUCAAAGAUUGCUAGUCGUCCUACAAAUGAUUCAUGUCCUAGAAGCACCUCAAAUAUUAAACCUGCAAUAAACAAAAGUCGCAUUGGUUCUUCUAAUCGCAUCGCUAUCUCUUCUUGCACCGUCACGUCUUCUCGCACCGCUACCUCUUCUCGCAAAUCUAAAACGCCCUCAAUCUUUGACCGGCUGCUGCCUAGAGAAAUAUCCCACACAGAAGAAACGAACUUAUCCAUGGGUUUUCGCCCGAUUCUUGAUCAUAACAAUAGAAAAUCUAUUAGGCCAAAAAUUAAAAGUGUCGUUAACAAAAUUAAAAAAAGUUAUUAA